CGCCGCCCCGUCUCCUCCGCCCCCAAAGCCCGCUUUGCCGCUCGGCGCUCCGAAUCCGCCUCCGUCCUCCAGCUCCAACGCCCUCUUGCGGAGUACAUGAGAUUACCAGUGAGCCAGUACUCGGUGCUCGAUGCUCAGCGGAUCGAGCGCAUUGACGAGAACACUUUCAGGUGUUAUGUUUACCAAAUCAAGUUCUUAGGAUUUGAGGUGUGUCCAGUUCUGGUGGUCAGAGUUGAGCAGGAGCCUUUUGGGUGCUGUAUUAGCCUUUUAUCUUGCAAGCUGGAGGGGUCACCGCUGGUGGAAGCACAAAAUGAGAAAUUCUCUGCUUCGAUGGUGAAUAGAAUUUCCUGCAGUAAUGGCUUGAACAACUCAGGAUUGCAGAAGCUCACAUCAGAUACGACUAUUGAGGUUAAUAUAGACAUACCUUUCGCAUUUCGAAUAAUACCAGUGGAAGCGAUUGAAUCAACUGGUAACCAGGUCCUUGAGCAGCUACUGAGAUCGAUGCUUCCACGAUUUUUGAAUCAGCUUGUGAAGGACUACAAGGCCUGGGCUUCAGGAGACGCAUCGAGGCAGCCGCUGGGAACGGGACAUCUUUUGUAUCAAACUUGUGUAUGA